AUGCAACAGGAAUCGCAAAUGAGCGAGUUUAGCGAUUCCAGCGACUCAAACGACUCCACCAACUUGACCCAUUGGAGGGGACCAGAUGAUCCUGAUUGUCCCUACAACUGGCCGAUGUGGAAGCGCAUCUACAUGACCAGCAUUCCAGCACUUCUUUGUGUCAACGUGUCUUUUGCCUCCUCUAUCUACACUUCUGGAGCCCAAGAUAUAUCAGAAAAAUUCGGGGUUUCCCACACGACUUCUCUGCUUGGACUUUCCCUCUUCCUUUGGGCCCUUGGCAUGGGAGCCGUUAUUGCCGCACCUCUCAGUGAACAUUACGGCCGCAGGAUUGUUUACCUUACAACUUUUCCAAUCUUCGGCCUUUUCGUCCUAGGUUCAGGACUUGCGCACAACUUUGCGACGUUAGCCGUCUGUCGCUUCUUUGCUGGCUUCUUUGGCAGCGCAGUCGUCUCAGUUGGGGGUGGCACAAAUGCGGAUCUUUGGCCGCCUGCCCUAGCGGGACUUGUCUAUCCUUUCUACUUCGUGUCUCCUUUCCUCGGACCGGCCUUUGGGCCUGUUAUCGGCGGUUUUGUCAGCGAGGCAAAAGAUUUUCGAUGGCUGGAAUGGGUCAUCCUGUUCAUGGUCGCCUUCAACUACCUUUAUUCCUUGCCUCAGUUCGAAACCUACAAGAAAACGAUCCUCCAAAAGCGCAUGUGUGACGAAAAGCAGAAAUCCGAAGAGCCUCGGUCACAUUCACGCAAAGUCACUCUCCCUUCAAGCGCCGUCGUCCAGCGCAUCGUCUUCAAGCCCUUCAAAAUGCUCUUCGUAGAGUCAAUCGUGCUGUUUAUGACUAUCUACAUGGCUUUCAACUUCGCCGUGUUCUACAGCUUCUUUGCUGCCUUCCCGUACAUCUUCGGUGGUCAGUACAAUUUUACGCUCGGUCAGCAGGGUCUGACAUUCAUUCCCAUUGCGCUGGGCUGCAUCAUUGGCUUCCUUGCUGUGGUUUAUAUAGACCGCCGAACUUACCCAGCGUUGGAAGAGAAAUACGGCAUCGGGGCAGUGCCUCCCGAGUACCGUCUCUACGGCGCCAUGGUCGGAUGUGCCCUCAACCCGGUCAGCCUCUUCUGGUUCGGGUGGACUGCAGACGCCGGCGUGCACUGGGUCAGUCCUGUGAUUGCGGCCAUCCCGUUCGCGGUUGGAAACAUCAUGGUGUACAGCAGUGGUGCGCUGUAUAUCAUGAACUCUUAUGGGUCGCUACACGGCGCCAGCGCCCUCAGUGCCAACAGUCUCUUGAGGUAUGCGGGUGGAGGUGCCUUCCCUCUGUUUACGGUUCAGAUGUUCUCGUCCAUGGGAAUCGGUUGGGCAAGUAGCUUGCUGGGUUUCGUGUCCAUCGCUUUGACGGGGCUGAAGGAUGACUGUGUCUAUGGUCUCAGCCCGAAGAGUCCCGAGGUCCAAGGCAAUGACACAUCCCAGUCAGAGAGCCAGCCUUCCGGCUGGUGGCGCAUUGGGUAA